CAAAGAAAGCUGAGAGAGAGAGAGAGAGAGAGAGAGAGAGAGCCAUGGAGGAGAGUCCACGCCAUGUAACUCAUUUGCUGCACCCUGAUCAUCCCUUGGUCUACCAGUACCAUGAAGCAUCCUUCGUCUGCAGUGUUUGCAGGAUCACGGGCGACGGCCUCCGCUACCGGUGUGACCGCUGCAACUUCGAGCUGCACGAGCACUGCGCCAGGUGCCCCUCGACCAUCUCCUUCCACAUGCACCCGCAGCAUCUCCUCACCUUGCACGCUAGACCGGGUACCGCCCGCCUGUGUCGCGUGUGCAGGGUUCACGUGGGCGGGAUGGUCUACCAGUGCCGCACCUGCGGCUUCGACCUGCACCCACUGUGCUCCUUGGUGCGACCUCAGCCGGCUGGAGAGAGACGGGCCAACCGGGGUGGCGGAUGGAGCGGUUUUCUCAGAUCCGUGGCGUUAAUGCUUUUUAUGCAUGAUGUUUUUGAUUAGGUG